AUGGAACUCGGCGUCUCCGCCGCCUCGCAAUCCCUAACUCUGCUCUCCUGCACGCAAUUGCCGUCCGCGCUCUCGUCGACGAACGCAAUCCGGAGAGAGUUCCUCGGCUGCGGCCACAACCUCCGUCCUCCCGGCGGACUGCUCCGCUCCCGGGAGGCAAAAUGCCGGAAGGUCAGGAUUCGGAAAGGCCGGCCUCCUCGGCGAUUUGUGAUGGCGACGAACUCGGUGAUGCUCGUUGUCGCCGUCACCACCGUCUCUGCUGUUUCCGUUUUCUACCUGAACCGGUACUUGAAGACGAAGAAGACGCAGGGGAAGGAGAGCUCCGACGAGGAGUUGGCAUCCUUAAAUUCAUUAUUGACACAUCUGAGCUCGAGCAUCAUGAGCCACGUUAGUGGUAGUCGAAAUUUACGACUCGGUGAUGCUCAGAAUGGGGUUUCUCAAGCUCAAAGUGAAGAUCUCAUGGUGAAGGAAGAUGAGAGAAUCUCCAUAUCGGUGACCACCGAUAGGCAUGUACAGAUUAAGGAGAUGCAUUAUGGUUCAGGACUGGCGGAAACUGGGGAGUCUCCUGCUGCGGUUUUCGCUUCUUCUACUGCUUUAGAUUAUGCGGAUUCAAAAGAAUCUGAAACUGCUCUUCUGUCUCCUUCUUCGCCUUCUGUGACUGCUGCUUUGCCUCUUGUAUUUGAUAGAGAAACGUCUGGAUUCGUGCCAGGGAAUCCAAGAGAAGAAGGCGACGCAUCUGUGCACAAAAGUGCCAAUGGACAAGUUCAGGGGACACAUAACGGUUCUGUGAUCACUGAAAUAAAAGAAUCUUGUGCUGCUGAUUUUCAGGCCCCUGCUGCUCUUAACAAUGUGGCUCACAAAGAUUCUGAAGCUGUUGACUUAUCUUCUCCACCUUCUGUGGUGAGCCUGCCUGAAGCUGGUGAUGUGCGUUCAUUUAUCUUUGUGGAAGAAACUGUUGACUCUUCAUUGGAAAAGAAUGGUCAUAUUCCACAACUGAAGUCUGAUUCAGCUGAUGAAAUGGCGAGUGCAGAAUCUAGCUCUAUUUCCUUAACUAGGGAUGUUGAAUCAGGAGAAUUGGUUGAAAUUAAUAGCUAUUCUGACUCCAUUGAAGAAUCUAUAAGGGAAGGUCUUCACACAUUUUUUCAGUCAAAGGAAUCAGUAGUAAAAUCUGCUGCAAAAACAGUUGGGUUUAAAGCAAUGUAUUCUAGUUCCUCAUUGCAGAGUAGGACCCUUUUUUCUUCUUUGAAAGUGAAUUCUGCACGGAAAGGGGCAGAAGUAUCCACACAGACAUCCCGCCAGACUCCAGAAAACUUAAACGGGAAAGUACAUCAGGAUAAUGUUGAAGGGGUCUCUGUUGAAAAAAGUACGAGAACAGGAAGCAUCAAAGCAAACAACAAGGGAAGUGGGCGUCUUAAGCACGAGAACCGUGGAAAGCCAUCAAAGCUCCCAACUCCUAAUGGAUUUCAUGCGAAUGAGAACAACAAGCCUCCAGAACAGUUCAAUGCGUACAAUUAUUUGCUGAAGGAGGGCAGGUUAGUUGAGUGUGUAGAUUUUCUGGAAGACAUGGACAGUAAGGGCUUCCUAGACAUGAACAAGGUCUAUCAUGCUAAGUUUUUUGACAUGUGCAAACGUCAAAAGGCUGUUAAGGAAGCUUUCCGUUUCUGCAAGCUAAUUCCAAAUCCAACAUUAAGUACGUUUAACAUGCUCAUGUCUGUGUGUACAAGCUCACAAGACUCUGAUGAGGCAUUUCAAGUUUUAAGACUUGCGGAGGGUGCUCGAUUGCAACCUGAUUGCAAACUUUAUACUACUUUGAUAUCAACCUGUGCGAAAUGUGGAAAAGUUGAUGCAAUGUUUGAGGUUUUUCAUGAAAUGGUGAAUGCUGGAGUUGAACCAAACCUCCAUACCUAUGGGGCUCUAAUUGAUGGGUGUGCUAGAGCUGGACAAGUGGCCAAGGCAUUUGGUGCGUAUGGCAUAAUGAGGUCAAAGAAUUUGAAGCCAGAUCGAGUUGUCUUCAAUGCACUUAUCACUGCAUGUGGUCAAUCAGGAGCCGUGGAUCGUGCCUUUGAUGUAUUAUCAGAAAUGAAGGCUGAGAUACAGCCUAUUGAUCCUGAUCAUGUUACUGUUGGUGCAUUGAUAAAGGCAUGUGCAAAUGCUGGUCAGGUUGACAGGGCAAAGGAAGUUUACAACAUGCUUGAUAAGUAUAAAAUCAAGGGCACUCCAGAAGUUUAUACAAUUGCCAUUAACUGCUGUAGCGAGACUGGCGAUUGGGACUUUGCUCAUCGCGUGUGUGAAGACAUGUUAAGAAAAGGCGUCCUCCCUGAUGAGAUGUUUCUAAGUGCAUUGAUUGAUGUCGCUGGGCAUGCUGGAAAAGUCGAUGUAGCAUUUGAAAUCCUGCAGGAGGCAAGAAAGCAAGGAUCAAAACUUGGAGUUUUGCCUUAUAGCUCUUUGAUGGGAGCUUGUAGCAAUGCUAAAAACUGGCACAAGGCACUGCUCCUAUAUGAUGAUAUGAAGGCAUUCAAACUGAAGCCAACAGUUCCAACCAUGAAUGCUUUGAUCACUGCCUUAUGUGAUGGAGGCGAACUGCAAAAGGCUAUAGAGGUGCUGGUAGAAAUGAAGAGCUUUGGCCUGAAGCCAAACACCAUUACAUACUGUGUUCUCUUGGUGGCAAGUGAGAGAAACAAUGAUCUCGAGGCUGGUUUGAUGCUUCUUUCUGAGGCAAAAAGAGAUAAUGUUACACUCACCCUCCUCAUGUACAAAUGCAUAAUUGGCCUGUGUGUACGUAGAUACGAAAAGGAUUGUAUCCUCGGCGAGCCAAUCCUGUCCAACACAAGACAACCACAAAUAGUAAAUCAAUGGACGACACAUGCCUUAAGGGUAUACCGUGAAAUGAUUAUUGCUGGUGAGCAACCAACGAUGGACAUUGUUUCACAAAUUCUGGGAUGCUUGCGCCUCCCAAGUGAUCCUUCAGUGAAGGACAGACUUGUUGAAAAUCUGGACGUAACUGCCGACGACUCGACUAGACAUUCUUCUAACCUAUGUUCAUUAGUUGAUGGAUAUGGAGAGUACGAUCCCCGUGCCUUUUCAAUUAUAGAGGAAGCUGCUUCUUUUGGAAUUGUUCCGUGUUUAUCUUUCAAACAAAGUCCGGUUAUGGUCGACGCCAAAAGGAUGGAUACUCGUAUUGCUGAGGUCUACAUAAUGACAGUUUUUAGAGGUCUGAAGCACCGGCUUGCAGCUGGUGCCAAGUUGCCCAAUGUAACCAUUCUACUGCCAACAGAACAGGCUAAAAUCGCGAUUCCUAAACAGGAGAAAACAAUAAAUCUUGCAGGAAGGGUUGCUCAGUCAGUUGCGUCGUUACUGAGAAGGCUCGGAGUAAGCUAUCAAGGCAAUGAAUCUUACGGAAAGAUCAGAAUAAACGGGAUCACUUUGAGGCGAUGGUUUCAACCAAAGCUUGCUUCUCCUGCUUUCACUGGGAAACCAAACGAGUUUGAACCCAAUCUUACCGGACUUUCGUUCCAAUCACGAAUAGGAAAGGGAAUUAGCCAUCAGCAGCGUGAUAUACGAACUGGCAAUUUGUCGUUGGACUGA